AUGUCCCAAGGUAACCAGGAAGUAUUUAGAUCAUGGCUGCUCACUGAAGCUAACAGGAACCAAAGACGGUCCGGGUCCGAACAGGAACUCCACCGAACCAGAGGAGGACCUGCUGUGGUUUCAGGUCAUGGGACAAGGAUCCAGAGAGCAGGUCCGUGAUGAUCCUUAAACAAUCUUUAGGUUAACCCUUAGAACUCCCAGCUCUAUUUUGUUAUUUUUGGUCCGCCUGUUUUAGUUUUAUUUUUUUAAAGUCUAUGUAGCAACUCGAUCCUUUUAAGCACAGCAAAUAUAAACACAUCUCUUUUUUCAGGACAACCUCAGCUGUCAGUUUAUGGAGCAAAAAUCCUGUAAGAUGUGACAGAAGGUUCAGAACCAUCAAAGUCAACCUUAAAACAAAAACAGAAACUGAUACCAACAGUACUUUGCUCAAAAAACACAUAAAUCUACAGUGACCAAGCCUUUUCUCACCUGUACAUCAUUCUCUCAAGUCUUGGCUAUCAGGAGAAGAAAUAUUGGGAUUGGAACAAACACACAACAGAAACCAUUGACAUAUUUACACUCAUUCUUCUAGGCAUUUUUUUACUAUUUACAGUUAUUUAUGCCACUCCCUGAAGCAGUUCCUGUCUGGGAUGAGACAGAGGACCACAUCAUACUGCUCAGAAUCUCUUCUUUGCUCGUUUCCCAAACAUUGAGGACCAUUAUUUCUGAUUUUGCAGACAAACAGGGAACUUUCUUGUCUCUUGUUGAUCUUUGGUCGCCUCUUAUUGGACACUACCAUCAAGGGAACAAUAGAAGAUGAGAGUGAAAGAGCUUGGACCUGAUCUUUGCAGGAGUAGAUGAGGGUUAAAGAGCUUGGACCUGAUCAAACAGACAUUAAAAUAAACCUGCAUCUAUUUGACUGAGGAGGGAAGUGAAGUUUGUGAAUCUUUAGGAUCCGGUUCACCAAGAAUAUGAGACCAUGUAAUUGGUCGAACGUUUGACAGAAAAAGACGUCAUCAAAACAACUUGUCAAACCCGGAAAACAUUAGCUAUAUUUUUUAUCACAACAAUAUGAUCAAUAAUCCUGUUUUCACCGGUAUAUCACUGCAAAUUUACCAUCAAACGUCUCUGAUCAAACACCUAUUUUUGUGUCUGGAUUGUAAACCUUGUGGGAGGUGUAGAAAUGUCUGGAAACCAUCAACAGAUCGCUGAAAGGGUAAACAUUUGAACAAUUACUAUCCCAUAGAGAUACACACUAUAGUUCCUGAGAAACUGUAAACAAUAUCAAUGGUGUCACUUAGGAUCGCGAUCCAGCGCAGUUCUAAGUGUUUAGUGUUUUUGUUCUGUUUGACACGCUGCGUAUGUAACUUUUGACUUGUCGAGAGUUCUCUCAGCUUCUCUUGGUAUGUCUUUUCAUAUUUCAGAGUUUCCUGCAGAUGUCCAGCAGAUCUUGGUCAAAACAGAAAACCCCUCUGAGCAGCAGGAUUGGAGUUGCAGUUUGGACCAGGAGGACAGGCUUACCCUGCACAUUAUAGAGGAAGAGGAGAAACUUCAACGACUGAGCUGUGUUCCUGGGAAGAGUGAAGACGAUGAGGAAGAACCUCAGUCCUCACAGCUCGAUUCAGGACUAAUAAACCAGUUGGAAAUAGGAUCUGAAGGAGAGGACUGGGAAGGACCGGAAUCAGUCAGACCCUCCGAUCCUGAGACAUGUGUACAAGCAGAGAUUGAAGUUCAGAUCGAAGACUCUUCUGGAGCUGAGACUGAUGACAGUGAUGAUUGGCAGAAGCCAGUGGAAGACCAUGUUGGAUCAAACUCUGUGGAAAAUGUUCAAGAAAAGAGGUCGAAGACAAAGGCAGAGGUUAAAUCAUUUGACUGCCCUCAGUGUAAUAAAACAUACAAAAACAAACACCAUUUCACCACACAUCUGAGAUCUCACACAGGAGAGAAACCUUUCAUUUGCUCUCAGUGCUUUAAAAGAUUUACCCAAAAAGGAACUCUGAUGGUGCACAUGAGGAUUCACACUGGUUUGAAACUGUUCGGCUGCCCUGUGUGCGGCAAAAAAUUCAACCAAAAAAUCAAUUUAGCUCGACACAGUACAGUCCACACCGGGGAGAGAUGUUUCGGCUGCUCCGAGUGUGGGAAAAGAUUCACCCAAAAAAGUACUCUGACGGUCCACAUGCGGAUUCACACCAGAGAGAAAACAUUCAGCUGCUCUGAGUGUGGGAAAGGAUUUCACCAAAGGUCGAAUCUGAAAACUCACAUGGCGCAACAUAGAGAAGAGAAACCCUUCAGUUGCUCAGAGUGUGGGAGAAGUUUUAGCCAUAAAAACAGCCUGACUGAGCAUGUGAUGACUCAUUUAGGGGAGAAACCCUUCACCUGCUUAGAAUGUGGGAAAACAUUUCACUAUAAAAGAAGUAUGACCCGACACAUGAGAUUUCACAAGGAGGAGAAAUCUCACAGCUGUCUACAGUGUGGAAAAAAAUUCAUCCGUCAUAGUCACCUGACCGAUCAUAUACGGAUUCAUUCAGGAGAGAAACCCUUCAGCUGCUCUGAAUGUGGUAAAAGAUUUACCUAUAAGAGAAGUUUGAUCCGACACAUAAAAAUUCACUCUGAUCAGUCCCCUCCAGAUUCUCUUGGUGUCAUACAAGAUUUAAGACAGGACUCUGAAGAAUUCUACCAAACCUGGAGCUCAGAUCCAGAAAGAUUUCACAACUAG